CGCCUCCCCUGCUAUCUUCCCACCACAACACCAUCACCCACACACACACACACCCAAGGCGACAGAAGCGAGUCCUCGUGUUCCCGUGCACACGCGCCUAAGCUCUAACCAUGUCGUCGCAGCGGAUGGGGCGUCACCAGCGUCGGGCGUCGCAGAGCGUGUUCGCGCUGCCGGAGAACUUCGCGGCCCUCGACGACGUGCCGGCGUCCGACGAGCACCGGAAGGCGGACGGCGGCGCGACCGAGCAGCAGCAGCAGCAGGGGGCGGGGCGCCACCGGCGGGCCAUGUCCAUGGCCGUCGCCUCCUCCAGGGACCUCGAGAUGAUCAAGGAGGAUAUCGGCGGCUACAGCAACUACAAGAUCGGCGCCUAGAUUAGCGGCGGUGGCGGCGGCGCGCACGGCCGGCACGGCUCAGAGCACGCACGUGUACGGUGUUCGUAGUACGUGCGUGCCGGGCGGCGGUCUCGGCCGUGUUCGGGCCUCGGGCGCGCGGCUGAGCCUUGCUGCCGGCGGUGCCGGAGGCCGUGGCGCGUGCUGGUUUCGCUGUGGUUUGUGUAUGAUCAAGCGACCAGGCCUGGUUGAGGUCUUGCUUGCUUCGAUUCCCUUUUCUUUUGCUCAAGACAUGCAUGUAAGGUGUGAUCAUUUGCGAGUUUAAAGCUCUUCAAAAUGUCUGAUGAUGUUUCACCA